AUGACCAAAGAUGGUCCUUCAGUCAGAGGUGGCGAGGCACCAACGCCUGAGGCCUCGCCCAGCCUCUCCCAUCGCAGAGCAGGAGGAGGCAAUGGAGGGGCAGGUGGUGGCCCUCCGCCGCCUCCCCCACCUCGGGCCCCAUCCUCAGCCCUUGCCCACGAAGACCACCGCCGGGAGCUGGAGGCACUGCGGGCGGAGCUGGAGGCUGAGCGUCUCCGCUCCCAGGAAGCCCGGCGCCACUUCGCCCUGGAGGCCCGAGAGCUGCGAGAGGCAGCGGAGAAGGAGCGGCAGCUGCUAGCCGACCAGCUCCGCUCCAAGUGGGAGCAACAACGGGCCCGUGAACUCCACCAACUGAAGGAGGCCGGACUGCGGGAGCGCGAGACUGAGAUCCGGCAGCUGCUCCGCUGGAAGGAAGCCGAGCUGCGCCAAGCCCAGGAGCUGCUGCAGCGGGAGCGUGAUGCUGCCAUGCGCCAGGCACGAGACCUCCAGCGCCAGCUGGCUGAAGAGCUGGUGGGCCGCUGCAAAGGCCAAGGCCAGGGCCUGAGUGGAGAAAGCCGUGCCAAGCUGCAGGAAGUACUGGGCAAGCUCCGCUGGGAGGUCGACGGAGAGCAGGCCGUCCGCAUUCGCCACCUCAAGGCCGAGCUGGAGCUUGAGCGGAGUCUCUUCCUCAAGUACAUCCUCCAGCGCUUUGAGGGGGAGCAGCCCACCCUGGGCUUCCCACAGAGGGGUCCCUCCGACCCCCCUAAGGUCACCAAGAGCGGGCCUCACACCCUAAGCAGCCUCUUGGCCGCCUGCCAAGCCUCCAAGUCAUGUUCGUUGGAGAGUGACUUGAACCUCUCCCGUGAGUCUCCACAAAGGCAAGGACGGAGCUCAUGCACAUGCAGUAAGAGCCGCUGUUCCCAGGAGCAGCAACAGCAGACACCUGAAAAUGCUUUGAGAAAGCAGAAGGCCAUGGAGGACAAGAGCCACUUCCCAAAGGAACAGCAGACAUUCAAAAAUAUAUUGGGAAAGGAGGCUCCCAUGGAAGAGAAGUCUCACACUUUCGUGGAGCAAGAGGCACCCAAACAAACUUUGGGAAAGGAGGUGCCCAUGGGGAACAACAGCCACUUCUCCCAGGAACAACAGACGUUCAAAAAUAUAUUGGGAAAGGAGGUUCCCACGGAGGAGAAGUUCCACAGUUUAGUGGAACAAGAGGUACCCAAACAAACUUCAGAGAAAGAGAUGCCCAUGGAGAACAGCAAGUACUUCUCCCAGGAACAACAUAAGGCACCUCACAUUACUUUAGGAGAGGAGAUAUCUAUGGAGAAUAGGGCCCAGCAAGAGGAUGGUGAGGAGGUUCCUCCAGAAGAGAACAAAGCUAGUGCCGUAAUGUCUGUGGCAACUGAAGGGCAGGAGGAGCCCCGAGAGCCGCAGGUGCACAACUGGCUGUCCAGGAACAGUUAUGAUGAGCUGGCGAAGCAGAAUGCAGAGUUUUUGAAAGCUCUGGCAGAUCUGGAGCAAAGAUGCACCAACCUCAAGAGCGAGAACGCCUUGCUGAGGGAGAACAGCUUCCCAGAGAUGCAAGAGAAAGUCACGCGGCUCAAGAAGAAGAAUACCGAGCUGAUAGGAAUUGCUAAGAGGCUGGAAGAAAGAGCCAAACGGCUCCAAGAAUCCAGCCUCAAAGUGAGCAGCAGCCACAUCCCAGUGGCCCUGAGUCGCUCAGAUAUGGAACUGUACAAAACAUCGUUUGCUCGGCAAAGGGCCAAAGACCGGAUUGAACAAGCCAGUCUCCUCCUGGCUAAAAAUCAAGAGUUAGAAGCCUUACAGAGGGAAUGUUGGGAUCUUCAUUCCAAGCUAUCUGGAGGCAAAGAGACCCAGCAUUUGCUUAACAAUUGUGAUUUUGAGCGCUUGCUGCGAGAAUCCCAGAAAGAAGUUCUGCGAUUACAGCGACAGAUUAUGCUCAAAAACCUGAGGGAAUCUCUUGAGCGCUCCAAAAUAAAUUCAUAUUCUGAACCUUCACCUGUGAGUAUACAGGAAACCUCACCAGAUACACCUUUGGAGAACACAUCUUUGCCAAAAGAGACACUAAACAUAUUGGUUGACCAUGUAGAUUUGGAAUCACCGCCAGCUGGAAAUGGCAUCAAGAAUGAAAGCAAGAACCUUUUGGAAAUAGAUUCAGAUACUGAAAAUCGCAUACAAGCGUUGAAGGAGAAGCUUUCUGAGAAAAGCAAGCAAUGUGAAAACCUUGAAUGUGAAAUAGAGACCAAACAAAAGCAAUGUGAUGAAUUGGAAAGACAGCUCAAAAAGGUAUUACAGGAAAACACCAGGGUCAGUGAGGAAAACUCCCACCUCCAUCAGAAGAAUGAAGUGACAGAGAAACGUGAGAAUGAAAACACCGAGCUCAAUAGGAAACUCGUGGAGGCAACAGAUGCUCGCAAUUCUGCCGUGCAAUUGACGAAGGGCCUUGAGAGCAAAGUGGAGAAUUUGGAACAAAUAAUUAGCCAUUUGAAAGAGAUCGUGGAAAGGCGGCAACAGCUAGUAUCCGAGCACGAAGAAACCCUGUUAGUGCUGCAGACCAAAGAAGAAGAAAUACGACAACUCCAGCAAACCCAGGAAAAAACAAGAAGAGAAAACGACAAAACCGUCGAAGAGCUUGAAGCUCGAGUGAAAGAGUUAGAAUGCUUUAACCUUCAGUCUCAAGGAUUUGGGCAAUUACAAGAGAAGAUAUCUGGAAUCUUGGAAGUGGAAUCAUCCCAUGCGACAUACACAACCACAUCCAUCGUCUCCCCCUCAAAAGGGAAUCAAGACACCUGUCGCAGUUUUCACAGCGGUGGAAAAAGGAAGAACUGUGAUAAAAGCCCUGCGUCUCGAGAGUUUCGUGCUUUGCUCCAACAAGCUGAAGAACUAGAGACUCACUCGAGUGCCUCUGGAUCGGAUUCCAUCCACAACCGCUCUCAGUCUUGUCCUAAUCCGAAAGGAGAUACGACAGAAGAAACACCAGAACUGGAAAGCGAUAAAAUAUCCAUAAAUCUUGACUUAGAAAAUCCAGGUCUUCCCAAACUUCGCGUCUUUCUGGCACGCUACAGCUACGAUCCCUUCGAUGGCCCUAAUAAAAACCCAGAGACAGAGCUUCCACUCACAGCCGGAGAGUAUGUUUAUGUCUGUGGGGAAAUGGACGAAGAUGGAUUCUACGAAGGGGAGUUGAUGGAUGGCAGGAGAGGGAUGAUACCUUCGAACCUGGUAGAAGAAGUUUCAGGGAAUGAGCUCAUCAGUUUCCUUCCUUUGGAGGAGCCAAGGGACAUGUCUUUCUAUUGCUACCAUGAAGUAGGGUGCCCAUACCGAAAUGCGAGCAGCGAGGAAGGGAACGACAACCCCGAGGAAGAUUUGUGCAUUAAUCUCUUGACAAACGAAUUCGGAGGAGAAAUGGGCGAUGACCAGGAGGUAGUUCCUUAUCCCCGGAAUCUGACGCUUAUCAGACAGUUUGCCAAAUCUGUCAUCAUCGGCUGGGAUCCACCACAGGUAGCAAAUAACUGGGGAGAAGUACAUAGCUAUAAUAUUUACGUCAACACAGAUUUAUGUUGUAAUGUCAAGCACAGCAACCAGAUGAAAGCCGUGAUUGAGAACCUGGAUCUGAAGUCUCGUUCCUACCGGAUUUCAGUGCAGAGUGUGACCGACAAAGGACACUCUGAUAAGUUGCAAUGUACUUUCCUGGUAGGACAUGGUUUCCAUAUUGCGCCGACCCUCUUGGAGCUUCGGAGUGUCACUGCAACCUCGGCAGAGAUCACUUGGCUGCCAAGAAGCAGUAACUAUACGCAUACCGUGUAUCUCAACGAGGAAGAAUACGACGUGACAGAAAAGGGGGUUUAUUGGUACACUUUCCGAAACCUGAAACCCAACACCCAGUACAAUAUCAAAGUGGAAACUCGAGCUCCUUUUGAAGAGUUUCCUCAAGGCCAUUUGGAACGGAUAUCAAGAGCAAUUACCAUUACUACCCUAUUAGUAGGAUUGCCCAAUCCUCCCCUUGAUGUCCAGGUUCACCCCAAUUCUUCUUCAGAGUUUCUGAUCAUUAGCUGGUUGCCAGUAACCAUUGAUACAGCGGGAUCAUCCAAUGGAGUUAAGGUCACUGGCUAUGCUGUUUACAUAAACGGAUGGAAAGUCACAGAAGUGAUGUCACCAACAGCUGGAAGGGUUUCGUUAGAAGCAUCUCAACUGCGUAUGUUUCACGGGCCCUGCAAGGUUUUUGUAAAGACUUUGUCCCCAUAUGGAGAAUCUGUGGGUUCUGUGCCAGCUUUGAUCCCAGCCACGAUACUGAGCACCCCUCCUUCUUCAUUGCCAACCCCUGUUCUCUGCAGCCAGGCCGCCGAGUCUGACGAUGGGUCCAUUGCUACAGGACACAAUGCAUCUCUAUCCCUUCACUCCAACCCAUCUAUAUCCAACGCAGAGAGCAAUUUCACCAUUCACUUCACUUCUAAUUGCCAAGAGUCAGGCACUUCUACACCAGGGGACAUUCCCCAGGAUCAGGAGUCCUCUCCAACAUGGGCAACUCUUCCAAAGGCAAGGCAUAACGAUAACGUGUUUUCCAAUCUCUCUCCCUCUGUUUGGAAGCAGUCUUCCGAAUGUGUUUUUCCAGCGUCAAGGUGUGCGGAAUCAGCCAAUUACACCCAAGCAGAAUCACAACUGUUUCCUGAAGACUCUCAAAAGAAAAGGUCAAAAAAGUAUUUCCUGAGUCAAAAAAGUCCCACAUUUAAAAGCAAAAAGGUCGACGUUCAUGCAGUGACCCAGCCUGUGAAUAUUUCCAAAGAUUCAUUUUCCCAACACUAUGCUGAGCAUUCUGGCGCAUCUUUUUGGAGUCCCAAGUCCAGUGUUUCUUCAAUCGAGUUUGCACCCCCAAAAGUUAGUCGUUCCAGACAGGCAGGACCCAAUAAUAUCAGUCUUGAGGAAGAACUGGAUGGUUUCCUGGAGAAGACACGCAGUCAACAGAUGACGCAGUUGUGCAAAGCGUUCUCUCACAUGGAGGGGGCUCAAGCUCAAACAGAGCAAAUAUCAAGACCCGGAAGCUGGCGCUCUCCUCUUGGUCACCACAAUAGUAAUUCUGAUUCCUCGGACUCUGAGGAAGAGGGGGAGUAUCGGAUACAUUUUGCUUGCCCCCAAACUGCUGGGGUCCAGGGGAGGCCCAUGUCUUCUCCAGAACUGGCAGAAACAGAAAUGAUAACCUGCCAAAUCGUUCCCUCGCUGCCUAAUCCAAGCCCUCAAGGGAACUUAGUUCUAGGAAGUACACUCAAUGAGGACUCAGAAAGGUUAUUUGUCGCACUUUUUGACUACGAUCCUCUGACAAUGUCUCCUAACUCCGAGGCCGAUGGAGAGGAAUUGUCCUUUAAAGAGGGACAAAUCCUAAAGGUGUUUGGAGACAAAGACGGCAAAGGAUAUUAUAGAGGCGAAUGCCAAGAAAAACAAGGGUAUAUUCCUUGCCAUAUGGUAUCCGAGAUUUACAUUGAAAGCAAGGAAGUGAAAGAACACCUGUUAAAGAAAAGUUACAUCACAGAGGAGGAUCUGUGA